UUUUUUGCGGCUUGUGUGGGGAGCAUUUUCACACUUUAUUUCCGAGAGGUUUCUGUGGUGAUUUUGGUUGGUCUUGAUUAGGAGUUCUGUGAGGGAGGUGUUGAGUACUUUAUAAGCACCAUCUCAUUUAAUUUUCAUAAUUCUAUGAGGUAGGCACUUUCAUUCUUAUUUUUGAAACUAAAGCUAAAAUAACUUCAUUUUCUCAUAGCCAAAAAAUAGCUGAGCUGCAAUUCACAUCUUUAGUACUGUUUCUCUGUAUCUCAUGUUUUCCCCCAUAUUUUACCGUGAAUAACUUAUCACAGGAUUUGUUAAACUUUCUGUCCUUCACAGAGUGCGUGUAUGUUCAGUUGCAUGUGACUCUGUGACCCCACAGACUGUAGCCCACCAGGCUCCUCUGUCCAUGGGAUUUGCCAGGCAAGAAGACUGGAAUGGGUUGCCAUUUCCUCCUCCAGGGAAUUGUCCUGAUGCAAGGAUUGAACCUGUGUCUCCUGCAUUGGCAGGCGGAUUCUUUACCACUGAGCCAACUGGGAAGCCUGUACUCCACAGCGGUAGUUCUCAAAAUGUGGUUCCUGAAACAGCAAUAUUAGCAUCACCUGGGUACUAGUUAGAAAUGCAGAUUUUGGGGCCCUGCUAUGGUCUGAAUAUUUGUUCCUCCCAAAUUCAUAUGUUAAAAUCCAAACACCCAAAAUUAUGGUGUUAGAAGAUGGGACCUUUGGGGAAUGAUUAAGUCAUAAAAGUAGAACCCUGGUGAAUGGGAUUAGUGCCCAUACAAAAGAGACACCACAGAGCUCCCUAGCCCCUCCCACCAUGUGAAAACACAGCUAGAAGGUGCUGACUUUAAACCAGGAAGAGUGCCUUCAUCAAAACAUGUUCGUGCUGGCACCUUGAUCUUGGACUUCUCAGCUCCUAGAACUGUGAGCAGUAACUUUCUGUUGUUUAUAAGUUACCCAGUCCGUGGUAUUUUGUUAGAACAACCUGAAUAGUCUGAGAUGGGCCCUAUCCUAGACCUGCUGAAUUGGAAACUGUUAGAGUGUGCAGAUUUUUAACUGUAUUAAUAUUUUAACAGACCCUCCAGGUGAUUCGAAUGCACACUCAAGUUUGAGAACCACUGUUCUGUGGUGUCUGGCUCAGGAAACUACACCUUGGAGUUCCCUGGAAAUGUUGAUGUGAUGACUGACCAUGUGGACAUUAUCUUUCCAGGAGCCCCUGGACUAGAUCUUCCUCCAGAUUUCACCUCACCACUCUUCAGAGGCUCUGCUUGAGUUUAUAUGUGCACCAAACUUUAGUUUGCUUAGAGAAUAAAGGUUGAGACCCAACAUGACCAUGCCAGCUAAUCGGACCUCUCCCCAGAAAUCCCUGGGCCUGGCUCCAGAGGAACGUGGCGGCUCAUGUGAGGGAUCAGUGUCCUUCAGGGACGUAGCUGUAGAUUUCAGCAGAGAGGAGUGGCAGCAAUUGGACCUUGAUCAGAAAAACCUGUACCGAGAUGUGAUGCUGGAGACCUGUAGCCACUUGCUCUCAAUAGGAUAUCAAGUUCCUGAAACCGAGGUUUUCAUGUUGGAACAAGGAAAGGAGCCAUGGGCAUUGCAAGGUGAGGGCCCAUAUCAGAGCUGUCCAGAAGAAUUGUGGCAGAUUGGUGACCAGAUAGAGAGCUAUCAUCAGAGAGAAAACAGAUCUUUAAGAAAUGUGGCUUUCAUCAAGAAAGUAUUGACUAUACAGAGGGAUUAUGCAUAUAAGGGCAUAAAAAAAAUAAUUCGUGUGAGCCAAAACAUUCCUUCCCCAAAGAGACCUCAUCAUCAAUGUGACUUAUUUGGAAGUGCUUUAAGCUGUAAUUUAGAUUUAUGCAAUCAUAAUAGAAACAGUGCAUCAAAGAACAUUAAUAAGAUUACUGAAUAUGGUAAAAUUUCCUCCUAUACUAAACAAGAGUGUACUCCAACAGGAGAGAAAUUACGGGACCAUAAUCAAUGUGGAAAAAUUCUCAGCUAUAAACAAGUACCCUCUCAACAUCAGAAAAUUCAUACUGGGGUGAAAUUUUAUGAAUGUCCUGAAUUUGGAAAUAUCUUCACUCAGAAUUCACAACUCAAGGUACAUACGAAAGUUCAUACAGGAGAAAAACUCUAUGUAUGUAUUGACUGUGGGAAGGCUUUUGUACAGAAGCCAGAAUUCAUCACACAUCAGAGAACUCAUACUCGAGAGAAGCCCUAUAAGUGCAGUCAAUGUGGGAAAGCCUUUUUCCAAGUCUCUUCUCUUUUCAGGCAUCAGAGAAUUCAUACUGGAGAAAAACUCUAUGAAUGCAGUGAAUGUGGGAAAGGCUUCUCUUAUAACUCAGAUCUUAGUAUACAUCAGAAAAUUCAUACUGGAGAGAGACACCAUGAGUGCAGUGAGUGUGGGAAAGCAUUCACACAGAAGUCCACGCUCAAGAUGCAUCAGAAAAUUCAUACAGGUGAGAGAUCGUAUAUAUGUAUUGAAUGUGGACAAGCCUUCAUCCAGAAGACCCACUUGAUUGCACACCGAAGAAUUCACACUGGAGAAAAACCAUAUAAAUGCAAUAAUUGUGGGAAGUCCUUCAUUUCCAAGUCACAGCUGCAGGUACAUCAACGAACUCACACAAGAAUGAAACCGUCUAUGUGCAGCGAAUAUGGAAAGGUUUUCAACAAUAAUUCCAACCUCAAUACACAUAAGAAGGUUCAAAUUAGAGUGAAAUCUUCCAUAUGUACUGAAUGUGGUAAGGCGUUUACCUACAGGUCAGAGUUGAUUAUACAUGAGAGAAUUCACACCGGAGAAAAGCCUUAUGAAUGUAGUGAUUGUGGAAAAGCCUUCACUCAGAAGUCUGCACUCACAGUGCAUCAGAGAAUUCAUACAGGAGAAAAAUCAUAUAUAUGCAUGAAAUGCGGUCUAGCCUUCAUCCAGAAGGCACACUUGAUAGCCCAUCAAAUAAUUCAUACAGGAGAGAAACCUUAUAAAUGCGGUCACUGUGGGAAAUCCUUUACUUCCAAGUCACAACUCCACGUGCAUAAACGAAUUCACACAGGAGAGAAACCUUAUACGUGCACUAAAUGUGGGAAGGCAUUCACUAACAGAUCAAAUCUCAUUACACAUCAGAAAACUCAUACAGGAGAGAAAUCCUAUAUAUGUUCUAAAUGUGGCAAGGCCUUCACUCAAAGAUCAGAUUUGAUUACACAUCAGAGAAUUCAUACUGGGGAGAAACCUUAUGAAUGCAGUACCUGUGGAAAAUCCUUCACCCAGAAGUCACACCUCAAUAUACACCAGAAAAUUCACACUGGAGAGAGGCAAUAUGAAUGCCAUGAAUGUGGGAAAGCCUUCAACCAGAAGUCAAUACUCAUUGUGCAUCAGAAAAUUCAUACAGGAGAGAAACCCUAUGUGUGCACUGAGUGUGGGAGAGCCUUCAUCCGUAAGUCAAACUUUAUUACUCAUCAGAGAAUUCAUACUGGGGAGAAACCUUAUGAAUGCAGUGAUUGUGGGAAGUCCUUCACCUCCAAAUCUCAGCUCCUGGUGCAUCAACCAAUUCACACAGGAGAAAAACCAUAUGUGUGUGCUUUAUGUGGGAAAGCCUUUAGUGGCAGGUCAAAUCUCAGUAAACACCAGAAAACUCAUACUGGAGAGAAGCCCUACAUCUGUUCUGAAUGUGGAAAGACCUUCAGACAAAAGUCAGAACUGAUUAUACACCAUAGGAUUCAUACUGGAGAGAAACCUUAUGAAUGCAGUGAUUGUGGUAAAUCAUUUACUAAGAAAUCACAGCUCCAAGUGCAUCAGCGCAUUCAUACAGGAGAGAAGCCUUAUGUGUGUGCAGAGUGUGGAAAGGCCUUCACUGACAGGUCAAAUUUGAAUAAACACCAGACAACACACACCGGAGACAAACCCUAUAAGUGUGUCGUCUGUGGGAAAGGCUUCGUUCAGAAGUCAGUGCUCAAUGUGCAUCAAAGAAGUCACACUGGGGAGAAGCCAUAUGGAUGUACUGACUGUGGAAAAGCCUUUUCACAUAAGUCAACCCUCAUUAAGCACCAGAGAAUACACACUGGUGUUAGACCCUUUGAAUGUUUUUUUUGUGGAAAAGCCUUCACCCAGAAGUCACACCGCAGAGAGCAUCAGAGGACACAUACAGGAGAGAGACCCUUUGUGUGCAAUGAAUGUGGGAAGUCAUUUGGUGAGAAGUCAUACCUCAAUGUACAUCAAAAAAUACACACAGGAGAAAGACCCUAUCGUUGUAGAGAAUGUGGAAAAUCUUUCAGUCAAAAGUCAUGCCUCAAUAAACAUUGGAGAACUCAUACAGGAGAAAAACCUUAUGGAUGCAGUGAAUGUGGCAAAGCAUUCUAUCAGAAGCCAAACCUCAGUAGACAUCAGAAAAUUCAUGCUAGGAAGAAUGCUUAUAGGAAUGACCUAAAAAUAGUAGGAAAGCCUUGAGCAAGAUAUCUUAUUUCAUUAUAUGUGGAGGAAUUCAUCCUUAGGAAAAAUCUCAUAUUUAAUGAGUUUUGACCAGGUGUUUCAUCAUAAGGCAAGUCAUGUUCCAAUUGUGAUAGAAAAUUUUAUACAAAAGAUUAUAGAAAAUAGUCUAUAUUUAAAACAAACAAGAUCACUUUGGCUUAUGAAAGUUUAAAAUAUAUUAAAUGGAAUGAUUACAGAACACAAAAUAUAUGUGAAGAAAAUUAAAAGUAUAUUAUGGUAUGUCUCAUAGUGACCCACAUAAUAAGCACUAUUUAUAUUUAGAAUUAUAAAUGUGAAUUUAAGUUCAAUAUCAAACACAUGUUUAGAAUGCCAUUCACCAAACUUUUUCACUCUAAAUAUCACCAUUGUCUUUUGGUGUCUUUACAUACAUGUGUGUGUGCUCAGUUGUGUCCAAGUCUUUGUGACUCCAUGGACUGUAGCCCACAAGACUCCUCUAUCCAUGGAAUUUUCCACACAAGAAUACUGGAGUGGGUUGCCAUUUCUUCCU